UUCUCCUUGACUACAAUAAUGCAUCGGCAACGGUUGCCUUCCUACAAGAACUACCCAGUUACCAGUCUAUGUUGAGGGGGAGAGGAACAGCUGGCAGAUCACAGGACUGUCACAGUCUGGCACGUUCAGCUUCUAGAGAGACUCAGAAUCUCUUGGAUGGCGCCCGAUCAGGAAGUCCAGGCUCUGCACAGCCGCUGCGAGAAUAUGCAUUACCUCUUGCAGAGAAGAGACAUUUAAGGGAUGUUCAGAAGGCCAACAUAAAAUACCUGUCACGGUGGCAUCAGUGGAAACAGGCAAGCAGAAAAUCCUUAAGGAAACUUUUACAGGACACCAAGGAGCUGUUGUCUUAUCUGCAGCUUUGGAGGCAUGCUAUUCACAGCAUUGAGGGGAAAUUUGGCACUGGGAUCCAGUCUUAUUUCUCCUUCUUGCGGUUCCUAGUGAUCCUCAACUUUGUGAUAUUUCUUCUUGUGUUCAGCUUUAUUACGCUUCCCACUGCUCUUUCCAAACACGGAAUUGUCAAUGGCAGCCACGUUGAAGUUCCUCUGAAGAGUGCAGAUCCGCUUUGCACAGUUUAUGUAGUUAGUGGUACCAAGGGACUCAUUUACUUCUACAGUUACAUUAUAGAUCUGCUGACUGGCACAGGUUUUCUUGAAAUGACAAGUCUUUUUUAUGGCGAUUACACAGUGGAUACAAUCUAUUUUGGCCUCCUGAAAUACCAAGUGCCACUUGCAUAUCUUCUGACCAUGAUGGCUUGCCUUUCAUUAAGCUUCCUUUGGAUUGUCAAAAGAUCUGUUGCAGGAUUUAAACAAAGCUUGGUGUACAAUGAUGAUAAGUUUCAGAGCUAUUGCAACAAAAUAUUUGCUGGCUGGGACUUCUGUAUUACGGAUGUAAAUGCUGCACGGCUGAAACACAGUAGCUUACAGUAUGAACUUAAAACUGACUUGGAGGAAGAGAGGCUAAGGCAGAAGAUAGCAGAGAGAACCACCAAAGAGAAAAUGCGCAUCUAUUGCUUGAGAAUAUUCUUAAACUGCAUAGUUCUUGGGUUUUUGUCAGUUUGCUUUUAUUCUAUCUAUAGAGCCACUGUCUACUCACAAGAAAAUAUUUCCAAUGACAGCAAAAGCAGAUUUGAGGACAACCUUUUAGUGCAAUAUUUACCUUCUGCGGUGAUCACAAUGGCCAAUUUUAUUGCUACUUUGUUUUUUUCAUUUCUCAUCAAAUUUGAAGACUAUUCACCAGCCUUUGAAAUCCGAUUAACCCUGAUGAGGUGUGUCUUUGUGAGACUGGCUAACAUUGGUGUUCUUCUGUUCUCACUGUGGACUCAAAUCACAUCCUGUGCCAAUGAAAAGUGCAUACCCUGUGGAUACAACUAUCAGCUCUAUCCUUGUUGGGAAUCUCGAGUUGGCCAGGAAAUGUAUAAGCUAAUGAUCUUUGACUUCCUCAUAAUUUUUGCUAUUACAGUCUUCAUUGACUUUCCUAGAAAGUUGAUGGUUACCCAUUGUUCAUUUAAGGCCUUUCGCUGGUGCGGACUGCAGAAAUUUGACAUCCCUGAUAAUGUGCUGGAAAUAGUCUACGGACAAACCAUUUGCUGGAUUGGAACUUUCUAUUGUCCACUUCUUCCUGCAAUUGCUACAAUAAAGUAUUUCCUCGUGUUUUACAUUAAAAAGAUAAGUCUGAUACAUACAUGUAAGCCUUCAACAAGGCCCUUCAGAGCAUCCAGCUCCAACUUUUUCUUCCUGGUGGUGCUUUUGAUUGGCCUCAUCUUAGCUUUCAUUCCAGUGGGGCUCAGCAUGACACACAUUCCCUCUUCUAAAGCCUGUGGACCUUUUGUGAAUUUUAAUCAUUCAUGGGAUAUCACUCAACAUACAAUCCAUCACGUCUUGCAGAAGGUUCUGGUUGGCAUUUCAUCGGAUGCAUUAGCAGUAUCUUUCUUUAUGAUUAUCUGCCUUAUUAUGUUCUACGUUAUUGCCUUGGCUGGAGCACAUAAACGAGUCAUUAAUCAACUCAGGGAACAGCUAGCUAUGGAGAGCCGUGACAAGCUGUUCCUUAUCAGGAAACUGACAGAAGCUCAGAGAUGUACCUGAGAUGCCUUUCAGCGCCUGCUGCAUUUUUGGAGCUGCUACAUAAGGGACACCAAGACUUGCAGUGGUUAGAACUACUUAAUUGUCUUGGCUGACAUGCAUGAAUGAGUUGUUGAUCAACUAGGAAGCAUUUAUUAUGUUAAGCAUGGGUCCAGUUUGCAGGACUUCUAAUUUUUUCCGUUGCUACAGAAGUAAGUGACUCUUGUACAGUAUCUCUACCAUUGUAGGGGUCUUUGAGGUUUGUGGUUUUCAUUGUUUACAUUUUAAGCCUCUAUUUUACAGGGGUCUUGUAGGGAAAAAACCCUUAUAACUGAGAAGGUUAUACACUGUCUUACGAGAAUUUUAUACAUAACUUGUUUGGACCAGGAAGCUCUUUAGAAAAGAUUUUCCCCCAGUGUUUAUCUGCAGUAUUCCUAAUGGCCGUGGCUGGGCUGGACUGCCACAUGGGAAAGCACGGGCACAAAGUUCUUCUAAUUCUGUAUAUGUGUGUAACUCCACACAUGCAGGAAGGGAAGCUGUAGCACUUUUCAGUAUCUCUGCAGUGGGAAUCAAACAGGGUAAUUAUCUCCACUACUCCAAAUCCUUCUGAAGACAUGUUGUGUACAAACUGCAUAUGGAUUCCCCUUAGACUUUGGCUCGACUUCUGUGGAUCAGUGAGGUUUGUUGCUAAGAUUUUACACAGAAGAUUAUUUGUAUGCAGGUAGAAGGGCUUUAUACUGAAAGGGAUGUUUAUAUACAUAAACAUGCUUAUUAUAUGCUUAUUAUUCUAAUAGUUGGCAAGCCGUGACAAAUUCUUCCCAGCUAGAAAGCUGAUGGAAGUUCAGGGAGUACCUGAGAAGUUAUGCCAGCUGAAGUCCAUGGGUGCUCUUACGGGUCAGAUGCUCAGCAUCACAAACCUUGUAUAGAAAUCGUUUGAUUCUGUUUUUAUUGGGCAUGAUUGUAAGUUACAAGAGCUAAGAAGGUGCUUCUGCCAUUAUGCUUUGAACUGAACAUUUGUAGAUGAUUAAAUCAUUGAAUUUGGUAAACAGGGAUAGAUGGGCUUCCCAGCUUGCAUAAUUUGAUGAAUUUUAGAAAUUCUGUACUCGUAUAAUUGGUGUAGCCAGUAUUGCUUAGAAUAAGGGGAAACAUGGAAAGUUUGUUUGCUAAAGCAAACUGCAACAGGAGUAGGUCAGCAAGAUCCUUGAGUGAUGUGUACUU